AUGGCUGACAGCGACGACAUCACUGAUUUGGUGCAAGAGUUCAUGGCAGUAACUGGGGCUGAAGAUGUUACGGCGAUGCGCUAUUUACAACAGUCUAAUUGGAAUGUAGAGGUCAGUGUACUAUAGCACAACAUUUUUCCAGGUUUUGCACAGUCUUGUCAGCUCGAAGUUGUCAUUCAAACAGCGAAAUAAUAUACAUAUCUUGUCCUCAAUUCUUGACUGAUCAAACCCAAUUUAGCAAACGUACUAAGUUUCAGAAAAAUCGGUUGCAAGCUCUGAAAAACGUUUAGGACCCAAUACCUUCCAAUUUUUCCCGGAGGGAUGCAUCCCAGGGGCAGAUAUAUGAACUUGCCUCCCUCCCCAGGAAUGGAAAACAGAACUUUUGUUCCAAUACGUUGGAACAAAUAUAGUAACUAAAAUCACGCAAGUUAGACGUUCAGUGCACUUCAACCAAAUCCCCCCCCCUCCCUUGGCCACCAAUCCUUUUCAGAUAAUUUAUAAAUUAUCAUUCCAUUAUUUGGUUUUUAUCAUUAUUAAUCAGGUAUUAAGCUUUGAUAAACUACCUGUCUGACUUCCAUUUGCUAUUGGGUCAAACCCAACCAUCAGUGAUUGUUUUUAAUCAUCCAUUACCAGUGUUGGUUUUUAUGUUGUGAGUUAUCAUGAAGAGAGCUUGAUUGUCUAAAAUGUAUUCAUCAACCUCACAUGCAGAUUUUCUUUCCCUUUUUUUUGCCUCUAUUUUUAUCACCUUUUUUUUUUUUUUUCUCAGCUAAAAGAAUAAAAUGUUCAACAAAAGUUUUUCUAUAUUUGGUUCUCUCUUACUAUAUUUUGAAAGUAUGGCAAUGACCCAUUUGAUUUAUUUAAACCUAUUGAAAUUUUUGUGGCUGUGCUCCAAGUCUCUGGCUGGUUAAUUAUCUGUGCUGCAAUUAAUUUUUUUUUUUCUGGUCACAGUUUUUCAAUUUAUUUUGACGUAUGAAAAGAUUCAUUUUCUUUGUAUUUUGUCAAUUUUUUUAACCUAAAAUAAUGGGUUUUGAGUUAAAAAUUUAAUUUGUUUUCAAAAUUUUAAACUACUCACAACAGCAAGAAUUGAACCACAAGAUGUAACACAAUUUCCACUGACAGUAGAACUACUAUUUACUCUUUGGCUCACCAUUAAUGGUUUUAAAUACAUGAAAGGAGGAGAAUUUUUAAAAAAUUAACAAUUUUCCUUGAGACAUAUUUAAGAAAAUGUGUGAAAUUAAGACAAAUAUAUUAAUUGCCUGGCUUAAAUUAAAUGUCGGUAAUUUUAUCUGUUGGUUAGAGACUACAUUUUUGAGUGCAGACAAAAUUUGACUUAUUACUGGUAGCCAUAUGCAUUAUAUUGAAUGGCUCACUUGUCAUCAAGAUAGCCUUAAAAAAAAAAAGGUUUAUGAGUUUCAUUAACUUUUUAUAUGAAACAAUAAAUUGGUAAUUCUUGGCCAAAUUCAGAGUGUACAUGUGGAGUACUUGAUAAUCACCCUUCAAAGCAAUAUUAUUAUCAAUACUUAAAAUUAUUUAUAAUUAACCCUGCAACCACUUAGAGCAUUUGCUUCUAAUUUUCCCUUGCAAAAUCACACUUUACUUAAAUCACACUUUAAAGUCAUGAGAAAAAAUGAAAUGAUUACCAGCUAAAGAGGCUCUUGAUUGUUAAUCAAAUUCUCCUUGGCAGCAUCUUAGAAAAUAAUAUGGAGAAGAGUAUGAAGAAUCUGUAUACUGAUGCUAAGGUGUUGGGUUAGAAUAAAGUAAUGUACUAUCAUACAAUUUUCUGCUGAAUAUUGCAGUCUGCUGUGAAUGCUUUUUUGGACUCUAAUGUCAGCAAAGGAAGGCAUGGUGGAAAGGGAAACCCAAUUAUGGUGAGUAGAGUAAGUAACUACUCCUUUUGACCCUAAGACUGAUCACCUUCUAGUUUCUCCUUACAAUAAUACUGCUGAAUUAUUCAUUUAAGAUCAUGAGAAUAAAGGAAAUGAUCACCAACUAAAGAAGCUUUUGAUUGUUAAACAAAUUCUCCUUGUCAGGGCCUUAGGAAAUGUAUAGAGAACAGUAUGGAGAAUUUGCAUACUGAUGUUAGGGUGUAAAGGGUUAAUAAAUUAAACUUCUUCAGGCAGCUGGUAUGUUGCUUGAUAAUGUGCGUUGCUGAGGUAUUGUCUAAGAAGUAAAUCUUUGGCUGAGAAGCAAAGUGUAGAGGGCAAAUGUGAAAUCUUGAGGUCAGUCUCUCAGCCAAGGAAAAUGUCAAAAAUAUUUAGGCACGGUACCAGCAAGCCAGGUUUAAAUUGUGUCAAUCAAGAGCAUUAAUCUUUUCAGACUUCUCUUCUGCAAUUUUUAUUAUAGCCCACUCACAGGAAUCAGUUCCUUAACUUGUUUUGCUUAUUUUGUUGUCAGUGACAUUGACUGUGGUUUAGAUCUGAAACUGAACACAAGUGAUUAUCACCAAAAAGUCCAUAAUUGACUUUGUCUUCUGAUGAUAUCUUCUGCUCAGGAGACACAGUUAGGCUUGUGACUCUAGGUCCAGAGCUCUCCUGUACAAGUUUGGCAAACAGGACAAUCAAGAUGGAAAUGAGUUUUACUGACAGUAUUGUUAAGCUUGUAGACAGCCCCAAUAAUCUUGCAUAUGCAUCCUUUUUUUUUCAGAUUUCUGAUGAUGGUGACAAUGUUUCUCCUUCUGAAGAUGGGUCAUUCAAUGGGUGAGGAGAAUUUUUCUUUACAACAUGUACAUGUAACAGACCUUUCUAGAGGUCUAUGUCACCUAACAUCCAGACUGUUUCUUCUGUUUGGCUUCAUGAACUUCCCUUCCAUACUUUUUAUAUGAUAGUAUAUUGUCAUUAUUUUUACUGUGAAAUUUUUUGCCUUUACUCCUAAUUGACUCACCAACAUAUUUUAGAUUUCUUCAAUAGAUCAAUGCAGAUAGAGCAGUAAUUUUUAGCACAAUUUUGUGUAAAUAAGUACAUUUUUCAAAGACAACAAAAUUGUGGGCAUGUGCAAUUUGUAGUCUGAAAAAUUUAUAAGUGCAUAUUAAUACAAAAUUGCAGGAGAAAUCAUUUUCUUACUUGUUUUAAAAUAAUGUAUGUGAAAAACAUCACAGAAAGUCAAUGGUUGCAAUGGCUUUUCAGGAAAAAAAGGAAAAUAAUUUAAAUUUGCCCAUAACCUUAGGUACAUCCACAAGAAAACAUCAUGAUCAUUGAUACAAGUCCAUCUCAGGGCAUAAAAAGCAUUAUUAAGUUCAAGAAAUUCAGGGUUGAUUGUAAGAGGUUGUACUUAUUAUGUUCCUAAUACCAAACACUGAUUCUUUACAGUGCAGCCCCUACAGAAGAAACUAAUCAAAACUUAACUGUUUUGUCGUGGAAUGUUGAUGGCCUGGAUGAGAGAAAUAUUUUGGAAAGAACACAAACAGUGUGCAGUGUCAUCAACAGUAAAAAACCUGAUGUGGUAUUCUUACAAGAGGUUGUUCAACAGACUCUGCCCAUAUUUCAGUCAAAGUGCCCAGGGUUAGUUGAAAUUAAUUUGGUUAACAAGAAAGGUGAAAAAUGGUUUGACAUCUCAAACAAUACCUGUGAAAGAAAUUAUGAUCCAGAGUAUGGAGGGGUGUUGUGGGAAGGGAAAAUGCAGGUUGGUCUAUUGUGUGAGCAACAUUCCGCAAUGAAAUUGCAUACCAUUUAGGGAAAUGAGAAAUUAGCACUGACAGCGACUACCACUGCAGCAGUAACUUUUAUUGUUCAGGUUUAACUCUUUUUCACCUAAGAGUGAUCAAAACAUUAUUUUCUCCUUCUAUUAUGAAGACACUAUCAAGCUGAUGAGUAAAGAGAAUUACAACACCAAAUUCUUAGAAUAAUAUGAAAAAAAAUUAAUCCCUUUCAUCAACCUAUUAGUUCUGUUCAGAAUAAAAUGGCUUCAAAUGGAGUUAUGAGUACAAAACUUUUGCAGAUGAUGUCUCCUUUAUAACAAUUGUUUAACUGAUCGUUUUAUUUCUAGUUGAAAUCUUCCAUUUGCUGACAUUAUUACCUACUCCCUGAGUUUCACAGAAGUGUUCUGUAAAAGGACUUAUCAAUAUGGUUAUUGGUUACUGAAAUUUGAGUCUGUAUGUUCUUGGAAACUCAAAAUCUUUUUUCCCUGGAACUGUAUGAAAUCAAUCCUUUUCAUCAACACUUAAUUAUAGAGGGAAAAGUCAACUGAGAGAACUCUGGCAGAUCUCAAGGUGUUAAGGUCUCACUUUGUUAGUUUUCUUGAAAGCUUUCAAAGUAUACAUGGCAAUUGCCAGGUCUUAUUGAAAGCACUGUAAUUUUAACUAUUACGAAUUAGCAUGCAGAGAGUUAUGUUAUCAUGGGAAUAACCUGAACCUACAAUUUUUUUUCCAUACCUUAAGGUAUUUCUGCAAUUAUGGACCCACCCGUGCUUACUUCAACAUAAUGCUUCUAAAGAUGUCAUCAAUCAAAACCACAAGUGACCUUCAGUGUACACAUUUUCAGUCAAGUAAAAUGGGACGUCACUUACUCUGUCAGCCUGUCUUGUUUAAAAACAAGAUAGCACUGACUCUUAUGACCUCACACCUUGAGAGCACAGCUGACUGCAAAGCUGAGCGGGUGAGACAACUUGAACAAGUUUUGAAGAGCAUGGCAGAACAGGCUGCAAAUGCUACUGCUAUAUUUGGAGGUGACACAAAUCUGCGGGACAAAGAGCUGUCAGCUUUUGGAGGAUUGCCAAGUGGUGUAGUCGAUGCAUGGGAGGAAAGUGGGAGACCUGCUGAUGCACAGUACUCUUGGGAUGCCAGAUUGAAUGACAAUUUGGACUUGCCUUAUCCCAACAAGCCAAGAGGAAGAUUUGACAGGUUUUUUGUUAGGUCUGUACAAGGCCAGAAUGCACUGAAAGCAAAUCAGUUUAUGUUAGUGGGAAUGGAGAGGCUUCCUGGAUGUCGCAGAUUUCCUAGUGAUCACUGGGGAAUUUUGUGUGAAUUCUCUCCUCCAAUAAAUCAGUUGUAA